UUUGACAGGUGUCCGCUGCAGCAGAGGAACCAGCCCAGUAAAGCUGACGAAGGCGGAGUUAGAGGGAUAAAUAGGAACUUCCUUUUGAGCUGUGACAAUACGGGAAGAUGAAUGUGGGCGUAGCUCACAGCGAGGUGAACCCCAACACGCGGGUGAUGAACAGCAGAGGGAUUUGGCUCACCUACCUGCUCCUGACCAUCGUGUUGCACAUUGUUCUGCUCAGCAUUCCUUUCAUCAGUGUGCCGCUCGUCUGGACCCUGACCAAUGUCAUCCACAACCUGGCGAUGUACCUGUUUCUACACACAGUGAAGGGCACUCCCUUUGAGACACCAGACCAAGGCAAAGCUCGUCUGCUCACUCACUGGGAGCAGAUAGACUACGGUGUCCAAUUCACAUCGUCACGCAAAUUCCUCACCAUCUCUCCAAUUGUUCUGUAUAUUCUUGCCAGUUUCUACACAAAAUAUGAUGCCACACAUUUCCUAAUCAACACAGGCUCCCUUCUUAGUGUCCUCAUCCCCAAGUUGCCUCAGUUUCACGGAGUACGGAUAUUUGGUAUCAACAAAUACUAACUGAACUGACUGAACACUGGAUUUUACCCACCUACACUGGACUCCAGUUCUUCUGUUUGUACUUAACUAUUUCAUAUGUAGCCUUUGAGGAAAAGAGAAUGUUCAAUUGAUCAUGUCUGCACAGACUAUGGAGCAAUAUAUGGAAGAUGAAGCUUGUGCUGCCUCUUGCAGCAUAAAAGUAAAAGCAUUGUUUGUGAACGUAUUCUCCCAAAUGUUUGUUCGUCAAAAGCCAGAACAGCAUAUGAACUGUAGAGGUUUCAUAUGUGAGGUGUCUACAAUAUUAUUCUCUCACAGAUGUAGCUUUUCUGUUAUUAACUUCACUGGCUGUACGCCUGUGCAGCUCUCAGUGCCAAGUAGUCAUGUUCUAAAUGACAGUUUCAAUUUUAUUUUUUUCCUUGAUACUUUUACUAUGAAGAAUGUACGUGCAGCAUGCAUUUACACACCUACAAUAAACAGUGCAGGCUUUCUGUUGCUAUGAUACACA